UGCAUGUACUGUGUACUGUGCACACACCGUAAGUAAAAAAUCAGAGUCUCACACAAGAACUCAAAAGAAUCAGUAAAGAAAGAGCAAACCUUCACAUUCACACGAAUAAAUGCAUAUCUUUCUUCGCCGCCACCAACUCCAAUGCCUCCUCCUCUUCCUCCUCUUCUGCACCGCCCACGGUGGCGACGCCGAGCCACCGCCGACGGACGCACCGGACCCGAGAUCGAAGCCUCUAAUUUUGGUGAAGAUCUGGUGCUUAGUCAUCUUAUUCGUCACCACAUUCGUCGCCGGAAUCUCCCCCUACUUGGUGAAGUGGAACGAAGGGCUUAUUCUGCUGGGUACCCAGUUCGCCGGAGGAGUGUUUCUGGGGACUGCUCUGAUGCAAUUCUUGAGCGAUUCCGAUGAUGCUUUCGAUAGUUUGAUUUCCAAACACUACCCUUUCGCGUUCAUGUUGGGGAGUGUUGGGUUUUUGAUCGCAAUGUUUGCGGAUUGUGUUGUUCUCUAUGUUUAUCGGAAGCAGAGGAGCAGAGAUGUUAGGGUUCAAGGGGGUAUCCAGCAGAGAAAAUCUAGCAGUGGUGUGGGUACCUCGCAGUCACAAAUUCAGGUUGAUGAUGGCACGGAUCAUAUUAUGAACACUUUAUUUUUCAAUGCUAUCUCCUUCGGAGACAGCGUGUUGUUGAUAAUAGCCUUAUGUUUCCACUCCAUAUUUGAAGGCAUUGCAAUUGGUGUCAUGGACACACAAUCUAGGGCUUGGAGAGCUCUUUGGACCGUCACCUUGCACAAGGUUUUCGCUGCCAUUGCAAUGGGAAUAGCCCUCCUGAGAACGAUCCCAGGCCAUCCUCUCUUGUCGUGCACUGCCUAUGCUUUUGUAUUCGCCAUCUCAUGUCCUAUCGGUGUUGCCAUAGGGAUAGUAAUAGAUGCCACUGCACCGGGCAUUGUUGCAGACUGGAUAUACGCCAUAUUUAUGGGCCUCGCAAGUGGGGUUUUCGUUUAUGUCUCUGUUAACCAUUUGCUUUUCAAGGGUUACUUGCCAGAGGGAACCGCGUCGGUUGAUAUGCCUCAUCACAAGUUUGUUGCUGUGGUUUUGGGGGUUGCGGCAAUUGCUGUUGUGCUGAUUUGGGAUACGUCAAGUCGUGCUUAUGGAGGCGGGUGAUCCCUGUUUUCUGUGUUUAUUCAGGAAGGCAAAUGUUAUCAGUUAAUCUGUUAUUUUUAUAAUAGCUAAUGUACAUGCUAAACUGUUGCUGAUUAUUAGUCUUUGUAUAGUGUUUUUUUUCUUAUGUACAUUAGGCAUUUUAUUGAAAAUAAGAUUGAUGAAAUAACUUGUUAUCAAUUUUAAAGUCUGGCACGCUGUAUUAAUAUUAUUUCAUUAGGAUAUAUGAAGCUCAAUUUGUUCUCUUUGAGGUGAA